AUGGAAACCUCUGCUUCAACUGCUGCUGGGAAAAAAGAAGGGAAAGGUGCAGUUCUGGAGGGGAAUGACUUUACGGAGACGGGGAAGAAACCCACUCCUUUAGCAGCUGCAGGAGCAGCAGUGGCACAAGGAGUGCCGCAACACAUUUUUCCGGCCUUCCACGCUCCUUUGCCAAUUGACAUGCGCCACCAAGAAGGACGAUACCAUUACGAACCUCACUCUAUCCACGCUAUCCACGGGCCUCCUCCUCUGAGCGGCAGCCCAGUCAUCUCCGACAUCUCCCUCAUCCGCCUGUCUCCGCACCCCGCUGGGCCCGGCGAGUCGCCCUUCAGCCCACCGCACCCCUACGUGGCACCCCACAUGGAGCACUACCUCCGCUCUGUCCACGGCAGCCCCACACUCUCCGUCAUCUCUGCUGCCAGGGGCCUCAGUCCCGCUGACGGUAAGACGCUGUGCUACUGGUACUACAGUGAUUUUGAAGCUCACCAACACCUGAAGGAGCGAGGUCUCUUCGGGCUGCCGCCACCGCCGCCAGGAGCCAACCCCGCUGACUACUACCACCAAAUGACACUGAUGGCCGGCCACCCGAACCCCUACGGGGACCUCCUGAUGCAGAGUGGAGGAGCAGCCAGCACAGCCCACCUCCACGAUUACCUCAGCCCUGUUGACGUUUCCCGGUUUUCGAGCCCACGGGUGACUCCAAGAUUAAGCCGAAAACGAGCCCUGUCCAUCUCCCCGCUGUCUGAUGCCAGCAUCGACCUCCAGACGAUGAUCAGGACCUCCCCAAACUCUCUCGUGGCAUAUAUCAACAACUCCAGAAGCAGUUCAGCGGCGAGUGGUUCCUACGGCCAUUUAUCUGCCGGGACAAUCAGUCCGGCGUUCAGCUUCCCCCACCCCAUUAACCCCGUGACAUACCAGCAGAUCCUGACCCAGCAGAGAGGCCUGAGCUCAGCCUUCGGACACACUCCUCCUCUGAUCCAGCCGUCCCCGACCUUCCCCCCGCGGCAGCACAUGGCAGUCAUCUCAGUCAACCCACCAGCAGCACAGAUCAGCAGCAACAGCAACUGCAUCUCUGACUCUAGCCAGAGCAAGCCGAGCAGCGAGUCGGCCGUGAGCAGCACAGUCAACCCAGUGAUCAACAAGCGCAGCAAAGUCAAGACUGAAGUCGAGGGCUUGCCCCCAGCGUCCCCAACCACACAGGAGCAUCUGACAGACCUGAAAGAAGAUCUAGAUAAGGACGAAUGUAAACAGGAGCCUGAAGUUAUUUAUGAGACAAACUGUCACUGGGAAGGGUGCACAAAGGAAUAUGACACUCAAGAGCAGCUCGUCCAUCACAUCAACAAUGACCACAUCCAUGGGGAGAAGAAGGAGUUUGUCUGUCGCUGGCAGGACUGCACGCGGGAGCAGAAGCCCUUCAAGGCCCAGUACAUGUUGGUGGUGCACAUGCGAAGGCACACUGGAGAGAAGCCACAUAAGUGCACGUUUGAGGGUUGCUCCAAAGCCUAUUCCCGCCUGGAGAACUUAAAGACACACCUGAGGUCCCACACUGGAGAAAAACCCUAUGUCUGUGAACAUGAAGGCUGCAAUAAAGCCUUUUCUAAUGCCUCAGACAGAGCCAAGCACCAGAACAGGACACAUUCCAAUGAGAAACCCUACGUCUGUAAAAUUCCCGGCUGCACAAAGCGUUAUACAGACCCUAGUUCCCUCAGGAAACACGUCAAGACCGUGCAUGGGCCUGAUGCGCACGUCACGAAGAAGCAGCGCAACGAUGUUCACCCGAGGCCGCCUCCGCUCAAGGAAAACGGGGAUAAUGAGGCAAGCGCCAAGCAGAGCAGCAAGGUUUCAGAGGAGAGCCCCGAGGCCAACAGCACCACAAGGAGCAUGGAGGAUUGCUUACAAGUCAAAACGAUAAAAACAGAGAAUUCUGUGAUGUGUCAGUCCAGUCCUGGUGGCCAGUCGUCAUGCAGCAGUGAGCCGUCACCCCUUGGCAGCACCAACAACAAUGACAGUGGAGUAGAAAUGAACAUGCACAGCGGGGGAAGUCUGGGAGAUCUGACGGCGUUGGAUGACAACACUCCUGUUGUGGACUCAACGGUCCCAUCUGGUAAUUCAACAGUCAGCCUGCAGCUAAGGAAACACAUGACGACGAUGCAACGACUUGAACAGCUCAAGAAGGAGAAACUCAAGACAGUUAAGGAUUCCUGCUCAUGGGUGAGCCCAGCUCCUCAAGCCAGAAACACCAAGCUGCCUCCCAUCUCAGGAAACGGCUCUAUUCUAGAAAAUAGUGGCGGUUCUUCUGGUACGCUGCCUAAUCCCAGAAUAAUGGAGCUGUCUGUCAACGAGGUUACGAUGCUGAACCAACUCAAUGAGCGCCGUGAUAGUACAACAAGCACCAUCAGCUCUGCGAGCCAGUGCAGCGGCAUGCCGGGGCUGCUGACCCUCACACCAGCUCAACACUACAGGCUGAAAGCUAAGUAUGCUGCUGCUACAGGGGGCCCUCCUCCGACUCCCCUUCCAAACAUGGAGAGAAUGACCCUGAAGAACAGGAUCUCGCUUAUGGAUGGGCCAGACCCCACCUUACCCUCCAUCCGCCUCCCUCCAGGACCCAGGCGUUGUAGUGAUGGUAACAGCUAUGGCUACCCAUCAGCUGCAGCAUUUCCCCAUGAGGUGCCGGGCAACUGCACGAGACGGGCGAGCGACCCUGUGAGGAGACCUGCUGGAGACCCCCAGGCCCUCCCACGAGUUCAUCGCUUCAACAGCACCAACAGCAUGAACCCCUUCCAUCCUCCGCACCCCACAGACAGGAGGAAUUUUGGCCUCCAGAGCUAUGGGCGCUCAGACGGGAGCCUCCCCCGGCACACCUACUCGCCCCGACCAGUGAGCAUCAGUGAAAACAUCGCUAUGGAAGCCAUGACUGGGGAGACGGAGGCUCCUGUUGGAGAUGACGACCUUAUGUUGCCAGAUGACGUUGUGCAGUACAUCAAAUCCCAGAGCAAUGGGACGGCAGCCGAGAGCACUUCCAUGGGGUACAGCAACGAGAUGCAGAGCUUCCAGGGAAGCGGGAAGCUGCAGCCUCCAGCCUUGGCUGGCCAGCGCAGGAUGGCGGUGGCUGAGGUGGGCAUGAGCCACUUGGGACCCAUGAUGUCAGAGUGUCCCAUGAGCUUUGAUACUUCCUCAGACAUGAAUAAAAAUAACAUGCCCGUCCAGUGGAACGAAGUCAGCUCAGGUACAGUUGAUAUCAUGUCCAGUCAGUCGAAGCAGCAGUUUUCACAAGGGAACUUAGCAGUGGUCCAGCAGAAGCAGAACUUUGGUCAGUACCAGAAUUACAACCAGCAACAGAUGCAGCUGCCAGACAACAGCAUGAACGGAACACAACAGAACUUUAUGCAAAGAAAUGUGGGCAUGGACGGGCAGAGGCUAAACUGUAUGCAGCUGCGGCAGCAACCGAUGAACCUGGGCCCCAGCAUGAACACCGAUUUAGGCUUGCACGCGGGGUAUAACCAACCUCAUCAGAUGCUGAGCCCCAGUACAAUCAGUGGCAAUCCAAAUCAGAUCUCUCCUUCUUGUAGCAGCAUGGCAGCAAAGUCUGCACCCCACCUUCACCCACAGCAAAUGGACAUGGCGACCGACCCUUCUUUAAUGGUCGGCAGCAACAGUGAGCGCACGAUGCUGGGCCAGGUCAUGCAAGAACCGAGUCAGCAGAGCUACUCUUCUCAGCUCACCCACCUGAACUUCCCCAUGGCUCAGGAGGCUUUUCAUCAGCCCGUCAUGACCUCUAACCAGCCCAGCUUUGAGCCUCAGCAGAGCAUGAUGGGCUCAGCUGCACAGCCAUAUCCACCUGGCAUGGUCCAGCCUCAUCCUCCGCCCGAGCCGAGCCCGGCCAACAGAUCCCGAGGCCUCCGCACCGUCCAGCAGCUGGGCUACAUGAGAACUGCCCACCCUGCGAACACCAUCAGCUCGGGUCAGGAGGCAGCAGAGGCCAUGCAUAAAAGAACCAGUGACAUGUUGCCGGCAUCAGCCCAGCAGUGUGCGGACGGCACGAGGGAAAAUAAUUUGAUGUACUAUUACGGUCAAAUCCACAUGUACGAACAGAACAGCAGCUUCGAUAAUCACGCAGACUGCCGGGUCAGACAGCAGCAGUGCGCGCUGAACAGCAAGCCGGCGGCUCUGCCCUCACCGGGCACAAACCAGGUGUCCAGCACGGUGGACUCGCAAGGUCUCGAGCCGCCCCAGAUAGAUUUCGAUGCCAUCAUGGACGAUGGGGACCAUUCGAGCCUGAUGUCAGGAACCCUGAGCCCCAGCAUCCUGCAGAACCUCUCCCAGAACUCCUCUCGCCUGACGACUCCACGAAACUCUCUGACACUGCCCACCAUACCCACAGGAAUAAGCAAUAUGGCAAUAGGCGAUAUGAGCUCCAUGCUAACCACGCUGGCAGAAGAGAGUAAAUUUCUAAACAUGAUGUCAUAA